AUGCAUAAUUAUCACCUUAACAGAGGUCCCCCGCGUUGUGCUUUAAAAGUAGAUAUUCAGAAGGCUUAUGAUACUGUAGAUUGGAAGUUUCUCAAGACCAUUCUAGUGGUGUUUGGUUUUCCUUCUAAGAUGGUUGAUUGGAUAAUGUUAUGUGUUACUACGGUGACUUAUUCUUUGAGUAUUAAUGGACACUUUCAUGGGUUUUUUAAAGGUAAAAGAGGUUUACGUCAAGGUGACCCUCUUUCUCCUUACCUGUUCACACUUGUCAUGGAGAUCCUUACACUUAUUUUGAAGCGUAAUGUCCACAAUUCAGCAUCCUUCUCAUUUCAUCAUUAUUGCCAAGAACUACAGGUUAUUAAUCUAUGCUUUGCUGAUGAUCUAUUUAUUUUCAUGCGUGGUACAGUCGAUUCGGCUAGAGUUAUUAUAGAUUCUCUUGAUGAAUUUAGAAUGGUUUCUGGUCUUUCUGCUAGUAUGCCAAAAAGCACUGCUUAUUUUUGUAAUGUCUUACAUGCUGUGAAGAGUGUUAUUCUUAGUAUUCUCCCGUUUGAAGAAGGUCAAUUACCGGUUAAGUACCUUGGUGUUCCAUUAGUCUCUUCAAGAUUGGUAGUUCGUGAUUGUAAACUGCUAGUUGAUAAGGUCCAGAAGAGAGUUAAUGAUUGGCGUAAUAAGUUCUUAUCUUUUGCUGGCCGAGUGCAACUCAUUAAUUCAGUAUUGUCAUCUAUUCAUGUCUAUUGGUCUUCUGUAUUUAUCCUUCCUAUGAGUGUCAUCCUUGAUAUAGAGCAGAUUAUGCGUCGUUUCUUAUGGAGUCAGGGAGAUAUGUAUAGAGGGAAGGCGAAAGUUUGUUGGGAUGGUGUAUGUCUGCCUAAAGAGGAGGGUGGCCUUGGUAUUCGUAAGCUUAGGCCUUUUAAUGUUGCUCUUUUUUCUGUUCAUAUUUGGAAUAUUCUUAUGAAUAAAAAGUCUCUAUGGGUUAAAUGGAUACAUACUAAUAAGCUUCGUGGUAUGAGUUUUUGGAAUGUUCCUUAUCGAGGUAAUUUAUCAUGGAGUUGGAGGAAGAUGUUACAGAUUAGACCCAUUAUUCGUCAAUUUAUAUGGGUUAAUAUUGGUGACGGAGCUUUAACUAAUGUUUGGUAUGAUAAUUGGUGCAAUAAUAGUCCGUUACAUGAAAAGUUCUCACCUAGGGAGAUUUCCUCGGCAGGGUUCUCAACCGAUACUAAAGUUGGGCAGCUUGUGCGUGAUGGCCAUUGGAACGUUCCUCUUCAUUGGACUAAUCGUGUUGCCUUAUUUGCAUCAGCCCCCACGUUAUCUCCUAAUGCAGAUGGUUGGUUUUGGAAAGACAAAGAUGGUGCUUCUCGUCAUUUUUCGGUUAAUGUAGUGUGGGAGGAUCUUCGGCCUAGACAUGAUAGUGUUGAUUGGAACAGAUUGGUUUGGUUUAAUUUCUGUAUUCCAAGACAUGAGUUUAUCCUAUGGCUAGCAUUUAGACAACGAUUGAAGACUCAGGAUAAACUUAUGCAGUGGGAUGUAUGGAAUAAAGUUAAUCAGAAGGCUGGUUUGAACAAUCGCUCAUGCAAUUGGAACCUUCUCGUUCAUAGAAUGCUACCUGUUGCGCGUAAGAAGACUAUGGAGAAUGUUAUUGAUAAGUUGAUUUUUGCAGCAAGUGUUUAUUUCAUAUGGCAGGAGAGAAAUUCAAGAUUAUUUAUGAAGACUACUCGUUCAUCUGAUGUUCUUGCUGAUCUUAUUUUCUUCACUGUGCGGAUGAAAAUGCUUACGUUUAAAUAUAAAAGAAAGGCGCAUUUGGAGAGGCUUAUUGCAGCUUGGGAUCUUCCAGUUUCUUUACUUAUUUCGUAA